GGAUAUAGUGUGGGUUGGGGCAGAGAUGCGUAAUGCGCAGAGCAAGCUCCAUCUUCUCUCCAAAUAGGCAGCGUUCAAGACCCGAAAAUGUCUAAGUCGGAGGUGAAGAAGGAGUCCGGGGAGUCCAGCCCGUCGGAGGCCGCCUGUCUCUGCUCUCCUCCGGCGGCCAAGAACCAGUGCGCGAGCUGCGGCAUGGAGAUCCAUGACCGGUACCUGCUGAAGGUCAACAACCUGAACUGGCACCUGGGCUGUUUGGAGUGCUCAGUGUGCAGAGCGAGUCUGCACCAACACAGCAGCUGCUACGUGAAAAACAAAGAAAUCUACUGCAAACUGGAUUAUUUCAGUAGGUUCGGCACCAAGUGUGCCCAGUGUGGCCGUCAGGUGUACGCCAGCGACUGGGUGAGGCGGGCCCGGGGCAGUGUGUAUCACCUGGCCUGUUUCGCCUGUUUCUCCUGUAAGAGGCAGCUGUCCACUGGGGAGGAGUUCGGCCUGGUGGAAGGCAGGGUGCUCUGCCGCAGCCACUACGACAUCAUGCUGGACAACCUCCGCAGGGCCGCUGAAAACGGCACAGGACUGACUCUGGAAGGAGCGCUGCCCUCAGAUCAGGACUGCCAACCCAAACCAGCCAAGAGGGCGCGGACAUCGUUCACCGCAGAGCAACUGCAGGUGAUGCAGACGCAGUUCUCUCAGGACAACAACCCUGACGCCCAGACUCUGCAGAAACUAGCAGAAAUGACGGGACUGAGCAGGCGAGUCAUACAGGUGUGGUUUCAGAACUGCCGUGCGAGGCACAAAAAGCAGCCGCCCCUGAACAGCUUCUCUCAGAGCGCCCCGCUGUCCAGGAUGCCCCCGUCGCUGCCAGAUGAUAUCCACUAUUCACCGUUCAGCAGCCCGGACCGGCCACAUCUACUGGCCCUGCACGGAUACCUGGAGAGUCAUCCCUUCUCAGUUCUUGCACCCCCGGGCCAUUUGACCCAUCCGUCCAUCUCUCUACCACAGCUUCCCAUCAGCCGCUGACCGACCCCCCUGGCGUCAAAAUCUCCACGGUCACCACUCUGAUAUUGUGAAAACCGAAAAAAACUUUGGGACACACUGUCA